CAAACAGAAACAGCGCAAAAAACCAGAGAGAAUCCAUGAGCAUCAGACUUUGCAAACCACCUUUGCCCCCUACACACACAGACCCAUAUGCCCAAAAGAGCACAGGCAAACUUUUUGUGUGCGAAUAAUGUCAGCCCACAUCAGAAGAAAAGAGAGAUAACAACAAAACCCCAUUUCAAAAUGAAUCAGAUCUCUGAAUCCAGGUUUUAGAUAUUUGCUUUCCCACUUCUUUAUAUAUUCGUUUCAAACCGGAUAAAAAAGAUUGAGGCCUGAACCAAAACCAGAAACUAAAUACUAGUGCAGAGAAGUAGCUUUCAUGGCUUCGGGGACUACUACACAUUAAGUUUUUGGAUUCUGGUUGUUUGGGUAAAGUCCAAAACUCUGCUGCUCUUCGUUUCUCUCGCCCUCUUCACCUCCCCGGUCUUAUUCUUUUCAACCUCAUUGUUUUCUUCUUGUUCGUCUUUUCCAAAACUCCGUCUCCGAAUUCAUCGUUUUUUUCCCUUUAUUUCGAAAGACUAAUGGGGUUUGUUAAACAACUCUGACUCGUGGGCUCUUUUAGUCAUUCGGAUUACUCUAUGCUGCUUUGCUCCACUGGUUGGUGACGAAACUGUACCACUUAUUUCCAAAUGGUAAAUGAUAAAAAUAACUUUUAUGGUUUUUCGGGGUUCUGAUAGCUGAUUGUGUAAUCAGUUUGAUUUUUUUUAAUCAAUUUGUGUGGGGAUUUGAUUUUGCUUUUUCUUUUUUUGGAACAUAAUCGUGAGUUGGGGCUUGACAGAAGUCAUUUUUUACUUACUUUAGGUGUACCUCAUAGAAAUCAUUUAGAAGUGAUUUUGUUACCUCUCCUUGUACAAAGAAAGAUCUACAUUUCACCAAUUCUUUCUGGAGAAGAUGUUGUGUGCUUGCUCAGGAGAGCAAUUCAAGUUGGACGAGCGGCCGCAGUCGCCGGAGUCGCUAGCGACAAGGGAUUUCUCGGCGAGUGGGCUUUCGUCCAGGGCCGGUGACUGGGAUUCGAAAUUUGAGGAUGCCCAGGUGGAUGAAGUUGAAUCCACUCUAAAAGAAGCUCUCUCCUUAAAUUAUGAGGAAGCUAGGGCUCUUUUGGGGAGGCUCGAGUACCAGAGAGGGAAUCAUGAUGCUGCUCUUCAGGUAUUUCAGGGUAUUGAGGUAAAAACUUUAACCCCAAGGAUGGUUAGGGCUAUUGUUGAGAGCACUAGGCCACGGAGACCACGCGGUAAAGGUGAUAAUGCUACUCCCAGUGUGAUGUCGAUGCAUUCGGUGAGCUUACUCCUUGAAGCAAUCUUGCUUAAAGCCAGAUCACUGGAUGAACUUGGGCGAUAUAUAGAGGCUGCAAAGGAGUGCAAAAUAAUUCUGGAUGUAGUUGAAUCGGCACUACCUACUGGAAUGUCUGAGGGCACUGGUGAAGACUGCAAGUUGCAAGAGAUGUUUCACAAAGCAUUGGAGUUACUCCCCGUCUUGUGGACCAGGGCAGGGUUUCUUGAUGAAGCUAUCAUUGCAUAUCGUCGGGCUCUAGUCAAGCCAUGGAACUUGGAACCCCAGAGGUUGGCUGGUGUACAAAAGGACUUAGCUGCUACUUUACUCUAUGGUGGAAUUGAAGCAAGCAUUCUGCCUCAGUUGAAAGUACGGGGUCCAACCACCCCGAAAAAUAAUACUGAAGAGGCUAUCCUUUUGUUGUUAAUUCUCAUGAGAAAAGUGGCACUUCGGGAAAUAAAAUGGGAUACAGAAAUUAUGGACCAUCUAACCUAUGCAUUCUCAAUUACUGGCCAGUUUGAAUUGUUAGCAAAUCAUGUGGAGCAGGUCCUUCCAGGUAUCUAUAACCGAACUGAGAGGUGGUACUUUCUUGCUCUUUGUUAUAGUGCUGCAGGACAAAAUGAAACAGCUCUGAACCUUUUAAGGAAGGUUUCAAGUUGUUCUGAAGCAAAGCCCAAGCCCCACAUUCCUUCUUUUUUGCUGGGAGUAAAAUUGUGUUCCCAAGAUCCAAGCCAUGCUCACCACGGGAUUGAAUUUGCUCAUAAAAUUAUUGAUCUGGCUGAUCAGCAGAAGGAUCAUUUCAUGGGUCAAGCCCAUAAAUUCCUUGGUGUUUGCUAUGGCAAUGCUGCUAGAGUUUCUGUCUUGGACUCUGAUCGAAUUCUAUUUCAGAAAGAGUCUUUGAACUCUCUAAACCAUGCUAGUUUUAUUUGGAAGGAGGAUCCAGAAGUAAUGUAUAGCCUUGGGCUAGAAAAUGCACUGCAGAGGAAUCUGGAUGUAGCUUUUGAAAACGCAACGAUGUAUUCUGAUUUGGUGGCAGGCAGCUCAGGAAGAGGUUGGAAGCUUUUAGCUCUUGUGCUUUCUGCAGAGCAACGAUUCCCUGAUGCUGAAACCAUAGUUGAUUUUGCUUUGGAUGAGACUGGGAUGAUGGAUCAGUUAGAACUUCUUAGAUUGAAAGCUGUGCUUCAGAUUGCUCAGAAACAGCCCAAGCAAGCAAUAGAAACCUACAGAAUCUUGCUAGCUCUGAUUCAAGCACAAAGGGAGUUUAGAACUAAGAACUGUGAUCAAGCAGAGUACCUGGUUUCCAACGCAUUAGUGGAAAGAAAAUUGGAGAUGACAGCCUGGCAGGACUUGGCUUCCAUUUAUACUGAGCUUGGUUCAUGGCCUGAUGCAGAAAUUUGUGUGGGCAAAGCCAAGUCAAUUGAAUUUCAUUCUCCUGGGAGCUGGCAUACAACAGGCAUAUUGUUUGAAGCACAAUCACUGUACAAGGAAGCAUUAGUUUCCUUCUCUGUUUCCUUAUCAAUAGAACCGGAUCAUGUUCCAAGCAUUGUUUCUACUGCAGAAGUACUGAUGAAACUCGGUAGCCACUCACUGCCAAUUGCAAGAAGUUUUUUAAUGAAUGCCGUACGAUUGGAGCCCACAAACCAUCAAGCAUGGUUGAACCUUGGAUUGCUUUCGAAAAUGGAAGGCUCCUUGCAACAAGCAGCAGACUAUUUUCAAGCUGCAUAUGAGCUUAAGUCGUCAGCUCCUAUCCAAAGCUUCAUUUGACAUUAGUUUCUCAAUAUUUUAAGCAGACUGACUCUUAGAAUAGGAAUUGGUUCAACCGCUUUCAUCGCUUGAACAAUGGAGUACAACAUCCUGAAUGGUCAUUUCCACUGUUGUCUAUUGAUUUCAUUGAUUAAAGUGUAUAGAAACCCAGUGGGUCUGCUUGUUGAAAUCAAAAUGUACUUAUCAGGGUUCAUUUGUGGAAUCUGAAUUCUUGCUUCUCUCUCAUUCGUCUGGCACUCAAUCAGAACCACCAAAGUCGAAAUGCUAAAUUCGUGCCGUUGCUCUAAA